AUGGAAUGGCGCCUGCGCCGCGUGACGUCAGCAGGCGCUGGAACCUGUUCGGGGCCCUACUGUGUUCCUAGCGAGUGCUCUGAGUAGCUUUGUGGUACGCGCUAGUCCUCCUGCUCCACGGGAUAUUAUAUUUUUUUGGGGUUCACCUCCAGUAGGACGAAGAUGUGGAAGGGCAGAAAUGUAGUCUGGAAGAGGAGCUUUUGAAAAAAGAGCACCGCUGAGCUCCUUGUCCUGGAGUCGCCGGGUGUAUCUAGGACAAAACAGAGGGAAAAAGAGUGCUUGGUGUGUUGUUGAGUGCCUCCACUGCUGCUGCUGCUUCUGCUGCCGCUGCUGCUGGUGGUGGUGGUGGGGAUCUUGCAACCGAUCAAUCCGUCGCGGCUGUGUUGAGGGAGGCCAUCUUGCCUCACAGAAACUUCUAAGAUGUCUUCGGUCAAAGUAGCGGUGAGGGUGCGGCCCUUCAACAACCGCGAAAUCGGGAGGGAAUGCAAAUGCAUCAUAGAGAUGAGCGGCAAAACCACAAGUAUUACGAACCCGAAAGCACCGCCUGGAAGCAAAGAUGCUUCCAAAAGCUUCAACUUCGAUUACUCCUACUGGUCCCAUGAUGUAAAUGAUCCAUGUUUUGCCUCACAGUGUGACGUCUUCACAGACAUAGGAGAAGAGAUGCUUGACCAUGCAUUCCAAGGCUACAAUGAUAGCAUUUUUGCAUAUGGUCAAACUGGAGCAGGGAAGUCAUAUACCAUGAUGGGGAAACAAGAAGAAGGGCAGGAAGGAAUUAUUCCUCAUUGUAAAGACAUGUUCAAGAAAAUUGCAGACUGCAAUGAUGAAGAACUUCAGUACUCUGUUGAAGUAAGCUACAUGGAGAUCUACUGUGAGCGUGUCCGUGAUUUAUUGAAUCCCAAGAAUAAGGGCAACCUUCGUGUACGUGAGCACCCUCUUCUUGGACCAUACGUAGAGGACUUGGCUAAACUAGCAGUUACUACAUAUGAAGACAUUCACAACCUUAUUGAUGAAGGCAACAAGGCUAGGACUGUAGCCGCCACAAACAUGAACGAGACUUCUUCAAGAUCCCAUGCUGUGUUUUCUAUUGUAUUAACUCAACGUCGGGAAGGACCGUGUUUUUCAACAAAUCUGUCUACAGAACGAGUGUCAAAGAUAUCUCUAGUAGAUUUAGCAGGUUCAGAGCGUGCCGAUUCUACUGGAGCCAAAGGAACAAGACUCAAAGAGGGAGCCAACAUUAACAAAUCGCUGACCACCCUCGGCAAAGUUAUCUCUGCUUUAGCUGAAAUUGCUUCAAAACCUAAUAAGAAGAGGAAAGCAGAAUUCAUUCCCUAUCGUGACUCUGUCUUGACCUGGUUGCUUCGUGAAAACCUUGGAGGAAACGACAAAACAGCCAUGGUGGCAGCUAUAUCACCUGCUGAUAUUAAUUAUGAUGAAACUCUUUCAACUUUGCGAUAUGCUGAUCGUGCUAAAGCCAUUCGCUGCAAUGCUGUUGUCAAUGAAGAUGCAAAUGCCAAGCUGAUCCGUGAACUGAAAGAGGAGAUCCAACGACUUCGUGACCUCCUUAUUGAAGGCAUUGAAGUUCAGGAAGGUCAGGAGAUCACAAAAGUUAUGAAUAGCAGGAAUGACAAAGAGACUCCUCAGAUAAACUCCCCAGUGUCUACAGUUGCUGAAGUUGCGGUUGAUCAGCUACAGGCCAAUGAGAAGCUCAUCGCAGAACUAAAUGAGACUUGGGAGGAGAAACUGAAACGCACUGAAAGUAUACGUUUGCAACGUGAAGCUGUCUUUGCUGAGAUGGGUGUAGCCCUGAAAGAAGAUGGCAAUACCCUUGGAAUAUUUUCUCCUAAAAAGACUCCACAUUUGGUGAACCUAAAUGAAGACCCAUCAAUGUCUGAGUGUCUUCUUUACUACAUAAAGGAUGGCAUUACAAAAGUUGGGUCUGCAGAGUCUAAUAUUCCGCAAGACAUACAGCUCUAUGGAGCUCAUAUAAAGUCUGAGCACUGCUUGUUCGAAAACCAGGAGGGUGUGGUAUCUCUUCAUCCCCGACCAAAUGCUCUCUGCUAUGUAAAUGGACGUGAGUUGGUAGAACCAACCGUCUUAAAAACAGGCUCUCGUGUCAUUCUUGGGAAGAAUCAUGUUUUUAGAUUCAAUCAUCCAGAGCAAGCCAGAGAACGCCGGGAAACAAAAUCUCCUGCUGAAACCCCUGGCUCAGGCGAACCUGCUGAUUGGCAGUUUGCACAGGUUGAAUUGCUGGAGAAGCAAGGUAUUGACUUGAAAGAAGAAAUGGAAAAGCGAUUAGUUGCUUUAGAGGAACAGUAUCAGCGUGAGAAAGAGGAAGCACAAAAGGAAUUUGAUAAAGAAAGAAAGAAUUAUGAAGCUCGUAUUGAUGCUCUACAAAAGCAAGUAGAGGAACAGAGCAUGACUAUGUCCAUGUAUUCAUCAUAUACACCUGAUGAUUUCAACAAUGAAGAGGACAUCUUUGUAAACCCCUUGUUUGACGCAGAGUGCAACUGGACGGAACGGGAGUAUGCGUUGGCCUCAUGGGCAUACCGCAAGUGGAAGUAUCACCAGUUCACUUCACUAAGGGACGACCUGUGGGGUAAUGCAAUCUUCCUUAAAGAAGCCAACGCCAUUUCUGUGGAACUCAAAAAGAAGGUACAAUUUCAGUUCACUCUUCUUACUGACACUUUAUACUCUCCUCUACCAACUGACUUCUUACCAUUGCUUGAAGAUGAAGAAGAGGAAGAUGAUGAUGAUCGUCCUACGCCUCAUACAAUUGUUGCUGUUGAAGUUCAAGACACAAAGAAUGGGGCUACACAUUACUGGACACUUGAGAAAUUGAGACAUCGUUUGGAGUUGAUGCGUCAGAUCUACCAUUCUGACAUAAGCCCAGGCUCUGUCUCGCCUUCUCCGCCAAUGGAAACAGAGCCACCGGCAGAAGAGGAAGUGCAAACCUGUAUUCCAGCGUGUAACCAAGCCAAGCUCUCCUUAUCUCAGCUGCUGCCCACAAGGCUCCUCAACUCCCGCAUACAAAGAUUGGAACUGAUGCGUGAGAUGUAUCACAAUGAGGCAGAACUUUCCCCCACUUCUCCUGAUUACAACAUUGAAAACUUAACUGGAGGUGAUCCGUUCUAUGACCGUUUCCCCUGGUUCAGGCUUGUUGGAAGAGGUUUUAUGUAUCUCAGCAAUCUCUUGUACCCUGUUCCUCUUGUGCACCGUGUUGCAAUUGUCAAUGAGCGAGGAGAUGUUAAGGGUUACUUGAAAGUUGCAGUUCAGGCUGUGGUUGCGUCAGAUGAAGACACAAUAGAAACUUCUCAGCCAUUAGGAGUCCGACAGUCUGCUCGUAUAUCUUUCAAUGAUGGAGCAUUUAAGAAGCCCCGUGCAAAACGAGGCUCACUUUCUGCUCAGGUUUUAGAGAAGAACACAGCAGCUGCUGCAGAGGAGGAACGCAUUGUUGAGGGCCAAGUUUGCCCUUCAGAGUCAAUUAAAUUGGAAGAUGAAGUAUGUGAGGUGGACAGUGGCCGAGGUGACAGCAGUGUUAGUUCGUGUGACAGUUGGAAAGAAGAAGAGCUUCCCUCUCACUUAAAAAUUGGUCAGGAAUUUACUUUCCGUGUUACAGUUCUUCAGGCCUUUGAUGUUUCUACAGAGUAUGCUGAUAUAUUUUGCCAAUUCAACUUCCUACACCGACACGAUGAGGCUUUCUCCACAGAACCUAUCAAGAAUACAGGGAAGGGACCACCUCUUGGUUUUUAUCAUGUACAGAAUAUUACAGUUACUGUGACCCGCGCAUUCCUUGAUUACAUCAAAACGCAGCCUAUUGUUUUUGAAGUCUUCGGUCAUUAUCAGCAGCAUCCACUUCACCGGGAUGCCCGCCAGGAUGCAACACAUUUUUUACCUCCUGGUAUGGUACCUCCCGGCAGCUCUCGUGGUCCUCCCAAGAGGAUGCAGCCUCCAGCUAUUCCCAUCAGUCAGCCAAUUCGAUCACCAAAGUUCGGUGUUGUUCAGAGCCCUUCUACCUCACACGUUCACGCUCGUCAUGAUCUCCUCGUCUGGUUCGAGAUAUGCGAAUUAGCACCGAGUGGAGAGUAUGUACCAGCUGUUGUUGACCAUGGAGAUGAUUUACCAUGUCGAGGUUUGUUCCUCCUACAUCAAGGAAUACAGCGUCGAAUACGCAUUACCAUCGUACAUGAACCAUCUCCUGACCUUACAUGGUGUGAUGUUCGAGAACUUGUUGUAGGUCGCAUACGCACAACUCCAGAAAGUGAAGAUGACGACAAUGAUGCGUCAGUCUUGUCACUGGGUCUGUUCCCAGGAGAGUAUUUAGAGUACCAAGGAGAAGACAGAACAUUCUUCCGUUUUGAGGCUGCUUGGGACUCUUCUCUGCAUAAUUCCAUAUUGUUAAAUCGUGUGACCCCUCAUGGCGAACAUGUCUACAUGACCAUAUCUGCCUAUCUUGAGCUUGAGAACAAUGCACAACCAGCCAUUAUCACAAAAGAUCUGUGUAUGGUCGUUUAUGGCCGUGACUCCAGAACCAUCCCGCGCUCCCUACGACACCUCUUCAGUGGGUCUUACAAGAAUGCUGAAGCCAAUAGGAUUUGCGGCGUUUAUGAGACAGUGCUGAAGCGCGCAGCUGAAGCAGGUAGCCCAGGUUUACAGAGAAGGCAACGUCGUGUUUUAGACACCAGUUCAACAUACGUCCGGGGAGAAGAGAAUCUACAUGGAUGGAGACCAAGAGGCGAUUCCCUCAUAUUUGAACAUCAGUGGGAGUUAGAGAAAAUUACUCGGUUGACGCAAGUUGAACACACUCGACAUGUCCUUCUCUUGAGAGAAAAACUUGGCCUUGAAAAGUCUCCACUUCCUCGUAACCAUCAUCAUGACAUUACCAAAAGUGAAAAGCAUCUUUUCACCCACCAUCCUUUUACGCAGGAGGUGGCUAAUCAAGCAGCCAAGGCUGGAUGCAAUCCCCAGGCGGUGUUAACGCGCUGUUCUUCCCGAGAUUCAGCGCCAACAGAUUCAGACACCAUGAGUGAAGCAGAAAGGGCUGUCACUCUCAAAUUUGCAAGACUCAUGCAGGGUCGCUCUAUACAGCUACAUAAUAAACAAGAAACACCUGCACAGACGCCCAAUGAUGAACCUGAUGCUCUCACAACAUCAGUCACCUCCUCUUGCUCUUCCACCACCUCUACAGAAUUGGCUUCUCCAGAGAGGCCUAGAGCACCUGUACCAGAUCUCCACAUUCCCCUUGGUGGUUCAGCAGUUGUACCAGCAGAAUCUCCGCUUGCCAGUCCUGGUGAUUCACAGGGAUCUUCGCCUUUGGUAGAACGCCGACCAAUGCCACUGUUUAUACCAGAAGUAGAAGAAAUUCGAAUUUCUCCUGUAGUUAGUCGCAAAGGCUACCUCAAUGUUUUGGAUGACCGUACUAACUCAUGGAUUAAAAGAUGGGUUGUUGUGCGUAGGCCGUACGUAUUCAUUUUCCGAGAUGAGCGUGAUCCAGUGGAACGGGGCCUGAUUAAUCUGGCUACUGCUCAAAUAGAGUACUCAGAGGACCAACAGGCUAUGGUGCGAAUACCUAAUUCUUUCAGUGUGGUAACCAAACAGAGAGGCUUCCUUCUACAAACUCUAGGUGACAAGGAAGUUCAUGACUGGCUUUAUGCAAUUAACCCCCUCCUAGCAGGACAGAUCAGAUCGAAGUUAGGACGCCGUAGUCGACACACAUCUGGUGGAAGUCAUCCAAACACACUCUCUGUCCCCACCAAAUGAAACUUGGACAAUCUACAGAAGAACCUCUAUCAGUUAUUUCAAGAGCCUAUAAUGAUAUUUACAAUGUCGUAAACGUCAUUUCUCUGGUAUCUACAAUAAUUGUAAAUCCAAGUUACUGAAGAGGAUUUUUGUCUAAAUUUUGUGUAUAUGUGUGUGUAUGAAAAAAAAGAUGAAAAUAAUCACAAGCAUUCCUUUAAUAGGACGAGUGCCUAAAGUAAGAUCUUCCUGUUCCCAAAGAAGAUAUUACUACUGGCCUGAGAUUUACUUUUCAUCAUUCCAUAGUACCGAUAAACAAUCUACUCGCCAGGCCCCCAUUAGGCAAGAUAUUUUUAAACACCCCUCCCUUACAGUAAGUAGGAGUACAUGAACUUGACAUAAUUAUCUCAUUUAGCAGAAACAGUAUGCCUCAGUUUUAUGGGUUAUUGUUGUCUGUUAUUAGUUCCAUAUGUUCAAAGAGAGAAUAUAGCUGUCUGUAUUAUAUGAUUAAGAAGACAAUACUGUAUUAUGUACAUGAGCUAUAGAGGUCUACUGCAAAUCACCCCAAUAUUCUAUAGCAGUAUAUCUUGUGUUCCUUCCAAAUGUUAUUAAUAUCACAAUGAAGAGGACAACUUGAGAGAAAAGACAGUUAUGUCCCAUGUGCUUGCCUAUCGCUUCUACUUAUACAAGGGCUCUUGACACUGCACUCCGUUGCAGUUGUCACUACAGAUAGUUAUCUCAUUAGCCUUGCAGGAUAUAUUGAAGAGUCUAUUUAGUUUACCAUGAGAACUCUAUUUUGAGUUAUUUGUAAAAAAAGAAAA